AUGCUUUAUUGCCGUCCUGAUACAAUCACAGUUGAACUUUUAGGUUUUGACGGGACGAGCAACGUUCUGGCUGGAAAACUCUAUGGGAUCCCUGUGUGUGGGACACACUCUCACUCCUUCGUUUCGUCCUUCACAGCCGCACCUCUGGGGUAGGGGUUUUUCAUUGACAAAUUUCAUUUUAAUUCCCCCCCCCCCCGGAUCGUAGGCCGAAGGCCCACCCGAAGGUAAGAACUCAGACGGGACAGUCUCGUAGAAUCUCUCACCCAGCGAGAGUUGUUUUGGCAUUGCAAGGAUACGCGGAAUGUAUGAAAGUUACCUGCACAACCUCGAUACCACAAGCUGCGUAAAUAAACGGAUAAUUCUUGAGUGCCAUUUAGCAAUGGCUUCCACAUAGUGUUCCAUAGCACUGAUGUGUUGCGACAACAAUCCCAUAAACACCAGGAUUCCCAUUUUCUGAGUGAAGUUUAACCUCGUGUUGACUUGCCGCUUUUCAGUUAGGGAGAACUUCGUCAAUCUUGGCUGUCAAUUCCAACAUCGGAGUUCUCAAUGGUAGGUGGGAUCUGAGGUUCUGUUGGUUACUACUUGCCGGUUGUCAUUGGUAGAUGUUGUAAAUCAACGAGUUUGUUUUGCUACCACCUGCAAGUUAAACCUUCCCCUCAGGGCCUAUAAACUCAUAAAAGUUGCAAACCCCUUGUAUCCAACAGUUGUUUAUGUUUCAGUAGUCGACCUAUCGGCUGUCCUGCCGAAAACGGCCUUCACCAGACCAGUAGGCACACGGUUGAGCCGUUGGCCGACAGUGCAGUGUGGAAAAGCCUGGACUACCAACUGACCAAUGGCCGAGAGCUAGAUUAUUAUUAUAAAUAUUAAAAAUGCCUAUUGUUUUUAUCACCCGAAGCAAAUUUUUAGUACAUUCAAACACAUGGUUAUCAAAACUGUCGGAAAUUGUUCUGUCUGGUCCCAGACUGCCUUUUUUGAUUCCAGACGCUGACGCCGAAGACCCAAGCUGCGAAAGAUUCACGUCUCACAUGAAUCAGAAUAAUGACCAAGAGAUUGCAUGCUGAGGAGGGUCGCGGACCCAACAAAACCAUUGCCUUAUUAAGCGUAGCUCGGUCAUAGAUAGUAGCCUAUUAUUCAUGCAGGAAUGGGCGCACACUGCUCCAGUGGAUUCUCGAAGUAAGAAAACUCCCAGUGGUCGACAGAUGUCUUGAACAUGCAGAAACCUACCAGGUUGACAGGGAUCUGAUAAUGGACAGGGAAUGACAGGGAAUUUGGGUAGAUUGUUCCAAGACUGUUUCGGCGAAUUCUGCCUUCAUUCAGCCAAGCAGGAGUUAAGUGACCGGAACAGGACGUUUUAAGGUCUGACUAGCAACAGCAGUGGGGGACCCAUUGAGGUGUCAAACACCUCGCAGCUGCUCACACAGAAGCAAAAAAAUCGGAAAAAACACGUUUCUGGGCUUUUAAAUCGCACCUGUGUUGCUAGAAUGGCAUCUAGUAGCCCUAAAAUACGGUAUAAUAACUCUGCCACAUAGAUUUCUUACUACUUGUAGUACCAAUUUCUUGUAAAAUGGGCAUUAGAUGGUUAGUCCACAGUAGUUUUUGGUCCUCGACCGGAAUGUUCACAUGUCAGACAUUAAAAUGUCUUGUCCCGGGGACUGAACUCCAUGUCCUGCACUGAAUAAUUUCUGAAAUUAUUCGUUUGACAUAUAUAUAUAUAUAUAUUAGCAGAGCGCAUGGACGACAUGGAAUGUGGGCAGAUUCGCCGUCAUUCAGCGAUCAUAAUCCUGGCCAGCAGCUGCAACCAGAAACACAAACAUGCACUCCUACGCGGCGCAGAUGGUCCACAGAUGGCGCCGAACCAAAGUCCAUCAGUGCCUCGCCACCUGUCAUUUUCCGUCGUUGCAGAUCGGGUAUUUACUCAAUCAGGAAUGGGCGCACACCAAUCUAUUGGCUUCCCGAAGCAAACAAGCUCCGCAUGGGUGACAAAGGCCACGAAUAGGCAACCAACCACUAGGCCGAAGUCAGCCAAGUUAUAAUAGCGGGGAGGAGGGACGACAGAGAAUUUGGGUAGAUGUAUACAGUACUAUGGUAGAGAGGCGUUCACCGAUCGUUUCUACAGAAUUCACUCGUCCCGUUGUGCCUGAGGGCCCUCUCUCGAUUCCAACCGGCAGCCGCACAGCAGUGCAUAAUAUUGUCUUUGUCGGUAAUACCAUUCUGAUACAGUACUGCUUCGGUCUUAUUCUGCCUUCAUUCAGCCAAUCAUAACCCUGGACAGCAGCCGGGACCAAUAACACAAACCUGCGCUCGUACACAGCGCAGAUGCUUCUAGGGUUCUGGAUUGGGACGCAAAGCACAACGGGAAAACAUGUCACGCCGUAAGCUGACCGAUGAAGGCUCCGCUACCGUAGUUAAUAUUCCAAAUCCUACAGGACAAAUGACCCGUGGUUCAGUGGUAGUGAAUUUGACUACUUAGCGUUCUAUGAUGAAAGAACCUAGUUACGUGUUAGGUGGAUCUGCUAAUUACGGCUAAUAAGCCAGAAAAGAAUAUCGCUGUCUCUAUUGUUUUUAUCAGUACCCUCCACAAUGCAUAUAUAUAAAGGGUAAACUACAUGUGUCCAGGAAACUGCCUUUUUCAGUCCGAACCGCCCUAUUUUUUCAUUCGCCGAUUUCUAGAAGACACAGUUACUCAGAACGACUAAGGCUGUAGCACGAUUGCAGUCCGUGUAAAAUUACUUAAUUUUGCAGAUUACAUUCAUGCUCUCAUGGUCCAUUUUCAAGACGUUCGGGUUGUAAUGGCUGAGACCCUUUGAGAUCCAAAAGUUCUUGCGUAUGCCUAAUUUUGUCAUGCGACUUUCUUGUCGUUACCGGAGGUUUUUCGCCAAACGUACGGUUUGUAAAUCUCUGCUAUUUAUUUCGAAGUGAAAAGUUUUAAACCAAAAUCGUUCCUUUUUAGUGUCUAUAAGUGUUUCAACUCUCCAUCCGUCCUAACUACUAAGCAUUCCAGCGAAAUACUGUUUUUUAAUGGAAAAGUCGUUACUUUUUGGGAUGGACGGCACUGCAUCCAGUUCUCAAAACAAAUUCUGUAAACUUGGUUUCUCCGAUGAGGUCACCUUAUUUUUUUUCUCCAAAAGGAAUUCUUCGACUGCUCCGAACAGGUUCCUCCAAAAACCAUCGGAUCAAACGGUAGCUGGAGAACCCGCUGCGGCGACCCCGGUUGAAGCUGCGACUUUCGAUACAAGUCAGCUCGCCGACGCUUCUAAAAAGUGGCUUCUGCGUCUUGUCACCACACUUGACUUCAGCAUUGAGGAAGUGAAACCGGAGGAACUCAGUGCAUUCGUUCAUUACGCGGCCGCCUUCCCUUCAUCCUUCGUUGGUCUAGUGGAUACUUACAGCGUACUUAAGUAAGAUCGGAUGAUUUUCCCCACUGUCAGCCACUUGACCAGUUAUUUUUUCGUUUUUUGUUUGUCAUUUGCGCGGUUCUUUCCGACGUAGAGGUCCUGAAACCCAUGGCAAAUCUGCACUUUGGGCUGUCAUAAUCCGUUCUGGAACUUCGUAAUAACACCAACAGUAUGCAAGCUCGGAAUUUUCCCGAACCCCCGACAGUUAGACCGUCGUGCCCGGCAGUGACCACCAUGAGUUCCACAGCAAGGUGCAACAGUCACGGUAACUUGCGCGUAAAUGGAUGUUGACCUGCGCGACCUCUACCGCACUGUCUCCUUCUCCCUCCCCCCCCCGUAGGCUCAGUGUAAAAAUAUAGUCAAGAAGACUGGAGGACCCAGGUGGCUGGCGCGGCCGGGCCCGCACCUGGGCGUACCACAACACCCCUGGUCCACGACAGAAAUUUGAACAAAAUUUUAACCAAUAGCAAGAGCAUCACAACGGGUGAGAAGGACGAGGAUGAAUGGGCAGCCACGCUCACGACAUGUAUACUCAGCGGAAACGGAGGCACAUCCACCGACAGGGAACCCGGUGUCAGAAAGCGCGCACCAGACUGCGAGGACCAUGGUUUGCUGACUAUGGCAUGGCAGACACAUACAGAUCUUUAGGUCCCAAACCACCAGCACGGUAGAGAAAAGCACGAUCAGCUAUGAAGAAAAUAUUUUUUUAUAGGCAGGUCGUUCUCAUUGAAAAUCCGCGCGUAUUUAUAGCAUCCCAAUCAGGUUCGUAAGAAUUCUACCCAAUCCGCUCCAAGAAAAAAUGCUAAAGUAGCCGAGCAACUUCUCGAAGACACGGACCAAUCGGGUUUCAAGGACACAUCAUGGUUCCAGCCAAUGGCGAGACAGUGUUGAGUACGUGCGUGUUGUACGCAGACAACACGCAGGCGGGACACACGGACGUCUUUUCCAGAGAGACCGAAUGACCCCUUUCACGAACGUGGGCAUUCAAAGCAUGGGCAUGUCUUGAUUCUCACAUUAGUAUCAGUGUAAAUGUCGGUAUUCUCUCUUCAGUAAACCGGUAGUCAUCACAAGCAUUCGUGUCCGCCAGAAAUCGGAAUACUUGAAAACGCGUUCUUGGGCAGUUCUAAACAUCGUCAGCAAAGAUUGGUGUCCAUCGAUCGAGUCAGAUUAAGAGACAGAAUGCGGAGUGAUUCCCAUACAGACUAGAGUCCUGGGCCCUGAAAAUAGGUCAAAGGAGCCUAUUAAACUUUUUCUAUCUUUUGUGCUAUUCAUAUUGACCCAACUAUGAAAAACUCGGCGUCUCGGUGGGACCCACGCAGUAAGGGGGAAGGCUUAAGUACAGCCAACGCUCUAACCACCUGAGCUACGAGGCCCCGCCGGACGACGCGAGUUUUAUCACACUUGGGUCAAGUUACCGGCCCAAACUACUGCAACGUCUGGAAUCCACCAAAUCUGAUACAGUAAUUUGACUGCCCAAACAGGGCAGUUGAUAAUAUUGAUAAUCAGGUGCUGAUCGUUGUGGGUUACUGGCUCCUUUUCUGUGAUCGAUCAGGAGAAAUUGGUAAUGAAAUUUCAUGCAGCUAAUGAAAAUUAUUUAUUACCAAUAGGAUUAAAUAAUUUCCUAUCGGAAGCACACACUAACAAUUUCGACGUAUUGAACCAUUAAUAUAAGGAAACUUGUGAAAUCGAAAUUCGAUUUUUUGUGAUAAACUUUUGCCAAAACUUGAAUUUAAGCACCCAUAAACUCCAAAUAUGAGUGCGAUUGCCAUCUGCAAACUGGCGGAGCCUCCAACAUAUCAAUCGAAAUGCCUUUGGACAGAAGUUAUCCUCAUUCACCCUGGUACCGUUAUCCGGGUUGGGGCUUUAAAUAUAAUUUUGAUGUGACAUGCCGUUUCAGUUAUUUUUGGAAAAUUAAAAUCGACGGUGUACCAUUUCUGUCCAGUUCGAUUAAAAACCGAGACCAAGAUCUGCUCAAGUACCCGUUUGUUUAUGUCCACCUCGCGAGCCGGAAACUGUCGCCCAUCUUCUCAGCCCACCCGCAGUUUAUCUUGUAGAAUUUGUUUAAUUUCUUCGAUUAAUGAAGGGGCCCUGUACUCCCACGAUCGCGUCAUUUUGAGUUUUCUUCAAUAGAACAUGACUGCUUCUGAAGGCAUUAACGCGCAGUAAAUGGCAACUUAUUCCGUUACAGCGCACAGCAUAUUCGUUCCACCUGACAAAACAGCUGCCUAGGCUCUUACCCGUGGUAAAAGGGUUCUGGAGCCCCUAACAUGCAAAACUGUACUACUGCAAGUGUUACUCGGCAAUAGAAAGAGCACUACCCGUCUACUGCGUUGAUUGCCCACGAAUCAACAGAUCGUUCAUUGACCUGCUUCAUUGUGUCUAUAAGCACGCCGCUUAAUUAAUUCCACUUUGAACAACCAAAAGCCCAAAAUGGAACGUUUGCGCAGCGCGUGACUGGCGUCAAAACCGAAGUAACGGCCCCCUUUUAGCAUCCUGGGACUCCAGUGUGCGUGGGCUUGGAUUUCCGAGUACUUGCGGGCAGCCUAGCCAUAUUUUAUGCUGUAGAGGGUGUAAGUUAGCGCCUGUGAAGGCAGCCUUAGAUUGUAUUCGCAAAAGCACCAAGCCCCUAGCUAUGCCCUUUAAAUGUUCCUGCAUAGAUCGGCACAUUUUCAACUGCGUUGUCGGACGAGGAGCCCGUCUGUUCGGUUACUGUAGAGAACAUAUUUGUCCCGUCUUGCCUCGGAUUAAAGCGAACUCUGGGGGGACUCAACGUCACCUCUGAGUUAUAAAGUUUUAUGCAAUUGUCAGUCGUCUAACAUGACAGCUCGUUGUCGUAAACGUACAUUUCCACCGUACACCACACGGAUUGGGCACCUAACCGGUGAUUUAUGCGUAGAUCAGUUUACGAAAUGGCAGACUUGCGCAGCAUCUACUAAACUUCCUCCUCCAUAGUCCACUUUGUUCCGAUGGUAAGAUACUAUUAAGACGAUCGGUGUUGAGGGUCGACACACUGGCUGAAAGGCCUAAACGGUCGGUCUACGCGGACCACACACGACCUGAUAUUCACAGCGUGCACCGUUUUGUAAUAAGGGUAGCUCGAGGCUCACAACAGAGAGAGUUCUGUGAGAGCCCUUUCAGCCCGAAUGUUGGUUUUCCAGUUGGCUCAAAAUACUUCCAAGGGGACAGAUUUAUCCCAUCGGUUAUAAAAGCUCCAAGAUAGGAAAAAGCUCAUCGUGAUUGAUUUGAGCGCGUCAGUUUUAAUACAGACGGACCAUGUGCGUGUGCCACACAUGAAAUGCUCAUCCCUUCGAUUACCACGCACACAGGGCGUGGCCAUUAUUGGCUGCAAUGCCUUGACACUGAAGUCGUACUUUGCUCGCGCCAGUGGGAAAUUUGAUCGUUUAAAACCAUACUACUUAUUCCUUUAAAGUAGCAAUGUAUGUGUGAGUGACGUAAUCUGAACAUUUUUUACAAAACCUAAUUUAACACAUUCGAAGUUGCUUAAAAUUCGCCCAUUUUUAAUUCAACUUUGUGUCUACUUCCUUCUUGACUUCACGAACUAGGUCGGGUGUUAAUAACUUCUGCGCCGUCGCUCUGGCUCUAUGGGACUUUGGUCACAAAGCGGUGGGCGUUAGGAUCGACAGCGGUGAUUUGGCCUACCUCUCCACUGCUGUGCGCAAGAAGUUCUCGCAGGUUGCAGAUCAGUAUGUUCCACAAUUUCCCCUCUCCCGACCAUAUUACUUUUCAUAUUUCUCAAGCUGGAUCCUGUAUAAUAGGCAUUUAAGUCAUUGACAGACACUUUGGUGAGAGUUUGGUAUGUAAUCCACCUUGGAUUUGGUUCAUAGCGGUUUUUCUGACAAUAGGUGUAGAAGGGGAUUGUACAAUAUGCGGACUUUGACCUUCACUAGCGUUAACGACGUUGCUUUUCUCCGUAUUUGAGUCAAGAUUACGGUUAGUGUCAGAACAUGGGUUAUUCUUAGGGCAAGGGUUGUCAGGUUUGGGCUAUGGUUCGGAUAUGGGAUUGAAACUAUAAUUGGGGUUUUCGGUUUAGUGGUUAGGGUUUAAAGGCCUGGUUUAGGGUCCUGGCUACCUCCAACUCUUUCUUAAGUGCUUACGGGUUAAGGUUUAGGGUUACCCAUUAUACCCAUGACCACGGUUGGCAUUAGGGUUGAAGUUAACUACAGCAGCCCCGGUGGGGUUUCAUACAGUGACGAUCGAAUUUGUUCGCUUUCGAUAUUUCCAGAAUAAAGGGAUGGGGGUUAUUUCUUUCUUCUUCAGGAUCUGCCGAAUUUUCACCAUUUUCCGCCCACAUAUUUUUGAUUUUUUUAGAUCUUAAAAGAUUGAUUACCUGAUUUAAAUUUACCUCAAUGUCGAUGAUAAUUGUCUCCUUCUCUUAUGCCCACUGCCAUAGAUACCAUCUACCAUGGUUUCGUGAUCUCAAGAUAAUCGUAAGCAAUGAUCUGGACGAGGACACCAUUCUUUCUCUUUAUCAACAGGUGGGAAAGUCUUGGGAUGGUUUUCCUUAUUCAACUGCAAAAUCUACUCGUGCAAUUUAUGCGUUAUCGCUAAUAUUGCUAAUGAAAUGAAAUAAGCUGGUUAACAAAUAUAGGAAGUAGGUAAAUCAUAUACCACCGCGCAUACUCUGGGUCGCCUGUAACAAGUUCUAGUUCGCCAAUACAGCGCAGUAUUUGAGAAAUAAAAACCGGACAAGUAAUUCAGUUGUCCAAUAUGCUGUUAACAUUCUAUGCUGACCAAAAUUUAUACCCCCGAGUCUUCGUUUGCAUUUGGAAUGCAACCCCUAUAUGCGCAACCAAUCCGAUGACGAUGUUUUUUUAGAAAGCUAGCCAAUGCACAGACCAAACCUCCAUUGUAACAACCCGCUGCAGUACGAUAGGGCAGUCUCUUGCAUAUAACGUCUAGUCUUUACUCAGCAUCUACUUGAGAUCCGCUCCUGUGUUAAUUUAAAUCUAAAUCACUUUUUUGAUUGGUCGUCGCGGGCACCGAUUUAGGGCCACUCGAUUGAUGUGUUUGCGGUCGGGACACAACUGGUAACCUGUCAGAAACAAUCGGCUCUGGGCUGUGUAUUCAAACUGGUGGAGAUCAACGGAGUGCCUACGGCAAAACUAAGUGAAAACGUCCUUAAAAUGAACAUUCCAGGGCGGAAAAUGGCAUACCGCCUAUUCGACAGCAAAGGUAAGACCUUCGGGUAUCCUAAGUAUCAAACCUCGCGGAGGCCUUUUUUGCUGAAUACAGCUUUUUUACGGAUUUCUCCCACUAGGUGUGGCAUUGCUCGAUCUUACGCAAUCUGCUGACGAGGAAGAACCAACUGUUGGAGAACGCGUCCUCUGUCGAAGCGCUUAUCAUGCUGCAAAAUUUGUCGAGAUAAUUCCAUCUUCCGUCCGAAAGCUGCACAUGGUUGUCUGGAAGGACGGCAAAGUAAGUCUGCCUACUCACUUUUCCUGCGGCCUUCGACUGCCCUUGCUAGUUGGAUAAACAGAAAGUACACGCUGAGCAGAAGGUGUUACAUCGAGUAAAAAAUUACUUUGUACUUUUAAAGCAGGCGUAGACAGCAGAAUUUAUUAGAACCAAUAGACGGCCUAUCAACUGCAGCCUGUCGUUUCAUAACACAGAUAACAAGUGAGAAAGGUACAGAGGGUUGAACUUUCACAGAGAAAAUCAAUAUAAAACAGCAAGGUCAUCGUAUCCUGCAUGUACACUAAUCAAUAGAAUGGUAACUUGAAAAUGCACUUGAAAUGGGGAAUUUAACACGCCGAGGGAGUUCGUAAACAAAAGGGCUCAGAUCUACCAGGGCAAGCUAAGUUUGAUCACGUGGUCUAACUGUUUACAUAUGUCGGGUUUCUCCUGCCGUAUUUAGGCUGUCUCCAGGUAGCACAGUAACUGAGUUGUUCAUGCUCUAGCUAAUACUCGAAAAGAUGUUUUGGGGUUAACCGAAUGACCGUUAACAAGGUGUUUUGUAAUAGAAGACCGUGGAAUCUUAUUCUUCCAAAGAAGCCAUUUAGGCAGGCGCUCAACUGACCUGGCUGCCAGUUGCCUUUGCGUUCGCCCAAUGUACUUGCAUCCACAAUUGCAUCUGAAUUCGUAAACACAAUUUGACGUGGCGUUAAAUGGCAAGGCAUCCUUCGCCCGUGGAACUUGGAUGACCUUAGUAGGGCUGCAGAAUAUGAGUUCAGCUGAGUUGUAUGUACCUUUCUCACUUGUUAUCUGUGUUGUGAAACGACAGGCUGCAGUUGAUAAGCCGUUGCGAAAUUUACUGGUUCUAAUAAAUUCUGCUGUCUAUGCCUCUUUUAAAUUCAUUCCGGGGAAAUAUUGCUUCAACUUUGUACUUUGAUGAGGAACCAGAGACGUGCCUUCUCCUCUUUCCCCACCAACAUCUAGGUUCAUGAAUAUUUACCGGUAUACCUUCAGUUGCAGCAAGGAACUGCAGUAACUUACUUUUGGUAUGUCUUGAGCAGCCUAGAUGAUAGCCCUUAAUAGGCAGCCCUGACUCCAGCUCGGCGCUAGAUGACCUGGAAGUACAGUCCGGAGUUUUUGACCAAUGAGUUUUACGCCAGACGGUCUGCCAGUAAGCGACACACUAGCAUCGCUGUCGGUUGUUCGGGAGUAUGCUAAUUCCCCUUGAGCAUCAUCCCCUAAUGCAUCAAGGCUAUUCCUACGCCAUCAUUGUUCUCUCAUAGAAAAACUGUUAACGACAUCUCCUGUCUGCACCUGCAUUGCCGGAUCCUCUUCUUCCGUUCUACCAGGUAACCUGCACCGUACCCAGCCUUGAAGAUAUUCGACGUCGGGUGAAACAAAGCCUUGCCGAACUGAGACCCGAUCACCGACGCCAACUCAAUCCAACACCCUACAAGGUCUCCUUGUCUGAAUCACAGUACCGCCUCACACAGGACACUUGGAUCAGUCUGGCGCCAAGGCUGGUGCUGCGUUAG